UCUUUACGUCAGUCAAGAGAAACAAUUGAAUGUCAGGAGGAGGAGGAAGCCAUAAAUCUGGGAGAGAAACUACGUUAUAAAGGAAAAGAGAUCAAAAGACGAACGAAAAGAGACAUUUUAAUGAUCCGAAGCACCUGUUUUAUCUAAUUGCUGCAAUCAGAAGAAGAAGAUGAUACACUGGUUGAAGCAGCUGCGAUCGGCGUUUGGCGUCGCGUUUCUGUGGCUCGUUUGCCUCAUUUACUUCACCCAGGGCUUCAGAUCGUUUGUCUGGACAGCAGUUUCGUACCAGCUCAAAGACAGGCUUCAGUUAUCUCCAUCAGCUUCUCAGUUCGUCUUUUCUGUCGCCUUCUUUCCAUGGAGCAUUAAACCGUUAUACGGAAUCAUCUCAGAUUGUAUACCAAUCGGAGGAAAGAAGAGAACACCCUAUCUAGUUAUAUCGACAGUUCUCUCUCUUGUGCCAUGGCUCUUGCUCGGUCUAGACUCAACCUCGCGAAGUUCCAGCUUGUAUCUCAUGAUUUUCUUGACCGUUCAGAAUCUUGGAUCAGCCAUGGCUGAUGUUGUGAUUGAUGCCAUGAUAGCUGAGGCUGUAAGAAUUGAUAAGUCCUCGUUUGCUGGAGAUCUUCAGUCCGUCUCAUGGUUUGCUAUGGCUGUGGGUGGAAUCUGCGGUAGUCUAUUAGGUGGCUACGCGUUGAACAACUUGAACAUAGAAACAAUCUUCCUCCUUUUCACGGUGUUGCCUGCGUUACAGCUACUUUCAUGUGCUCUCGUUGAAGAGAUUCCUAGCAACGAACCGUUGCCUGAGCUGCUGGACUCGAACGAGUUUGAAGAGAAGAGCAAGAUGAGCAAUGAUACCUAUCCAGACACGAAGAAGUCGAACACAAGAAGAAGGAAAGGGCAGAAGAAAGGUAAGAAAGGAGCUUCCAGUGGUAAGAGUGAGAUAACACAGAAGAAGCAGUCAAAGUCUUUAGCUUCAAAGUUGUUCCAGUCAUUGAAAACAGCCGCUUUGGAAUUAUGUCGUGCGUUCAAGCAACCGAUCAUUUUGAGACCAAUGGCGUGGUUUUUCAUCGCGCAUAUCACUGUGCCAAAUCUCUCUACUGUCAUGUUCUAUUACCAAACCGAGGUGUUGCUGUUAGACGCUUCUUUCCUAGGAACAGCCCGUGUUGUUGGUUGGUUAGGUCUCAUGCUUGGAACCUUUAUCUACAACCGAUAUCUGACAAAUAUGACUCUACGCAAAUCUCUCUUGUUUGCUCACAUCGGGCUGUCUAUAACCAUACUCCUCGAUAUGGUCUUGGUGUCUAGAGCAAAUGUGGGUUACGGAGUAUCAGACAAGACGAUGGUUCUCUUCGGAUCUGCUUUAGGCGAUGCCAUCAAUCAACUCAAAUUCAUGCCGUUCUUGAUCUUGUCUGGUCGUCUAUGUCCUCCUGGGAUCGAAGGAACACUCUUUGCGCUGUUUAUGUCGAUAAACAACCUUGGGAACACAGUUGGGUCAUUUAUGGGAGCAGGAUUGGCUUCACUUCUUGGAAUCUCUUCAGGGUCCUUUGAGAAUAUGUUUGUGGGCUUAGCCAUUCAAGUGUUUUGCACCUAUAUUCCUGUAUUGUUCCUUUUCUUGAUACCCAAGGAAGCUACAGGAGUAUCAGCUUCCUAGGCUAGAGAGCAAAGAUAGUUUCUCAUAUAAAAGUUUUUGAGAUCAGAGUUUUUGGAAUUUUUGGCAUCAUUUGUUGAUUUAAAGGCUUUUGAAACUGACACACAUCAGACAUCAGACAGCAGUAGAAAGUUAUAUAUUAAAUAUACAUCCACCUAUUAUCUUUUCAAUCUUGCUUGUUUCAUUUGGUCUGGCUACCAGAACACUCUGUUUUGUCAUGCUAUGUACAGUUUAAGGUUUUCAUCAAGACAUUAUGUAUUGUGCCAUUUUGGCUUCUUUUUCUUAGUAUUAUUUCGUUCUGGAGCUGA